CUUCCAACUAAGACGCCACAAGGAGAAGACCAGAGCAUUGAACCUGCUGGAAGCAGCAAGCAAACUAUUUAAGACUUGGAAAGAAACUUUAUCACUUGUUUCUCUGACAUGUGGCACCAUUUUCUCCUAGUUUGUGUUCUGCUCUCAUCUACCAUUGGACAGCAGUCGUUUAUAAAUUAUCUGCUGCUGGUCCCAGCGCAGAUCGAACAUCCAUCCACUGAGACCAUGUGUGUGGACAUCUGUGGAGCCAGAGAGACAUUGAACCUUACUGUCACCUUACACCAUGGGACUCAGGAUUCCACCCUACUGCAGCAGGAAAUGAUCCCACCCAAGUUAUUCAAAUGUGUUCAGUUCAUGUCUCCUAGUCUAAAUGGAAAGAAAGAAGAAGUGAUAUCAAUUCACCUUUCUAUUGUUGGGCCAAACACGCAGUUGUCUGAAAGUAAAAACCUGCUGGUGCGCAAUAUGGGCUCAUUCACUCUCAUUCAAACCGACAAGCCUGUGUACAAACAGGAUGAGACUGUGAAAAUCCGAAUAUUGACCUUUAACAGGGACCUUCUGGCUGUUAAUGACACUUGCCCCCUAGUGGAGAUACAGGAUCCAAAACAGAAUCGCAUUGGUCAGUGGUUAAACCUAAUACCCGAUAAAGGCAUUAUCGAUCUGUCCUUUCCACUUGGUUCAGAGUCACAGCUGGGAGUCUAUGUGAUCAUUGCUCCCAAUGCUCAGCAAGAUUUCCAUGUGCUAGAAUAUGAGCUGCCAACAUUUGAAGUUCUUGUUCAGCUUCCUGCUGUGGUUACUAUCCUGACGGAGACCAUUCUUUUCAAAAUAUGUGGAAGGUAA